UUUUAACUUCAUCAAUCACCUAUACCCAUUUGCUUAAGCAUAUCCAAUUCCAACAUUUGGGAGGCCAAUCUAGGUCCAAGCAAGGCUAAACAUAUGGGUAUAAGAAAUGAAUUUCUCCUUUUUGUGUUGGUUGUUUCAAUGUUAGAACUCGGGUUGGCUAAUAAGAACUUCACUGGCUCACCCGAAUUUUGGGGACCCGGAUUCAACCACACCGAUGGUUGGUUUCAAGGCCACUUGAAUGCGACCCGUGGCCCUAGAAAAAUCAUUGUUGGCGGCUCUAACAAAUGGGGUUUUGGGUUCAACUACACCGAUUGGGCACUAAAGAAUGGACCAUUUUACAUAGGGGACUCUUUAGUAUUCAAAUUUGAUCCUCCUACAAGCGACCCGAACUCGCAUCCUCAUAGCGUAUACUUGAUACGAACAUACCGGAGCUUUAUGAAUUGCGACUUGAAAAAGGCUAAGAAAAUUGCUGGGAGUUUAGAUGGAGCUGGUCAAGGGUUUACAUUUAGACUUAGGACAUGGAGGCCACAUUAUUUUGCAUGUGGGGAGAAAAAUGGACUACAUUGCAAUAUGGGUUUGAUGAAAUUUCCCAUAUUUCCUCUCAUUUCGCGGUGGUAUUAGUAGAAUU